CCGGCUGCGGGGGCCGCUUGGCCCAGGAGGAGCCCGCGCCCCGCUCAGCCUUGCAGCCCCGCGCCCUGAGCAUCUCCCGGGAGGAACGGAGACAAAGGAGGAUUCAUGUCCAAAGGGCUCCCAGAAAACAGGACGGACGCAGCCAUGUCAGAGCUGGUGCCUGAGCCCAGGCCGAAGCCGGCAGUGCCCAUGAAGCCCGUCAGCAUCAACUCCAACCUGCUGGGCUACAUUGGCAUCGACACCAUCAUCGAACAGAUGCGCAAGAAGACCAUGAAGACCGGGUUCGACUUCAACAUCAUGGUCGUCGGUCAGAGUGGGCUGGGCAAGUCGACACUGGUCAACACGCUCUUCAAAUCCCAAGUGAGCCGCAAGGCUUCCAGCUGGAACCGGGAGGAGAAAAUCCCCAAGACAGUGGAGAUCAAGGCGAUUGGGCACGUGAUCGAGGAAGGUGGUGUCAAAAUGAAGCUGACUGUCAUCGACACCCCUGGCUUUGGAGACCAGAUCAAUAAUGAAAACUGCUGGGAGCCCAUAGAGAAGUACAUCAACGAGCAGUACGAGAAGUUCCUGAAGGAGGAGGUGAACAUUGCCAGGAAGAAACGCAUCCCCGACACUCGUGUCCACUGCUGCCUCUACUUCAUCUCCCCGACGGGACACUCCUUGCGACCUCUUGACCUGGAGUUCAUGAGACACCUCAGCAAAGUCGUGAACAUCAUCCCUGUCAUCGCUAAGGCUGACACCAUGACCCUGGAGGAGAAGUCCGAAUUCAAGCAAAGGGUUCGCAAGGAGCUAGAAGUGAAUGGCAUCGAAUUCUACCCCCAGAAGGAAUUUGAUGAGGACUUGGAGGACAAGACGGAGAAUGACAAAAUCCGGCAGGAGAGCAUGCCCUUCGCUGUGGUGGGAAGUGACAAAGAAUACCAAGUGAAUGGCAAGCGGGUCCUCGGCCGAAAAACUCCCUGGGGGAUCAUUGAAGUGGAAAACCUCAACCACUGUGAGUUCGCCCUCCUUCGAGACUUCGUCAUCAGGACCCACCUCCAGGACCUUAAGGAAGUGACGCACAACAUCCACUACGAGACCUACCGGGCCAGGCGGCUCAAUGACAACGGAGGCCUCCCUCCGGGAGAAGGCCUCCUGGGCUCUGUCCUUCCACCCGUGCCAGCCACCCCCUGCCCCACUGCUGAAUGAAGGCCAUUUCGAGCGCUGCUUCUCCCUCCAUUCCUCUCAGCUGUUAUUGCUGCAGGGCCAUGACCCUUUAAGGGCCCACCUCCACAUCCCAUCUGGGCCCUCGGCAGGUGGGAGGGGCCAACUGCUUUAGGACAGCCGCCUCCUCCAUUUCUCCCAACACUCCUCUCCUCCCAGUGGAAUGGAGUUCUCGCCAGCACUGCCCUCCUCCAUCGUCUGUGUCAGCUGGUCCUAGCCCACCUGCAGGGUGAAAGAACUCAUCGAGAGCUUUUUCUGCCCUUGCAAACCCAUACCCGCUACUGUGACCAUCUCCAAGGGAAAUGGCACUGCUCCCUGUCCAUCUGCAUGAGCUACUUUUGGCUUUCUUAAAAGGUCAAGAAAGCCACUGUUCUGCUUAUCAGAUUCAUUGACAUCAGCUGUGUGAGCCCAGAUGCGGGACAAAGGUGUCUCCCUCAUUGCUUAAAGCUUAGAUGUAAGGAUGGGUGACUUCAGGUAUAGGGAAGCAAGGGCUAGGGUCGCUCCUUUAAAAUCACCACUUUGGGCUGGCCCAGAGUGAGGACGCACCCCCUCUCUCCCCAUAAUGCAGCCUCUCAGAAAGAGUGGUUUUCCUGAAGAGACAUUUCUGGAGUUGACUUCUUUAUCUUCAAUCUUUAAAAAAAAAAAAAGCACUGAACACAGAUACAAAACUCCAGAACCCCCCACCAGAUGUGAACCCUAGGAAGGAAAAAGCACCCAUCUGUCUACUCAGCAAUAAGAGGGAUCUCUUCCCACCCACACCAACUAUUCCUACCCCCCCACCCUGUAAAUGUGAGUAAUGAAUACGCCUGGCCAUAGAUGGCCACCUGUAGGCUAGUGGAAAAUACCCAGUGAAGGGCAAAGGCCCUCAUCAGAUGCAUGAAUGUUUGCGAAUGUCGGCUGCCACUGCCCCACACACUGUCUAGAGACCCCCCCUGCCCACCCCUCCCCAUCUCCACCUGGACACAACUUGCUCAGAGGCUGGUGACUUGUGGGCCAUUUCUCUACAAUCAAGUCCUGAUGGAGUAAGAGGCCCAAGCCUAGGGGAUGCAAGAACGACCCAUUUCUUAAAUAUUAUCAGUCCCAGCCAGCCUUUUGGUGACAUUAUGGUUUAAUUUCCCAACUGAAAACAAGCCAAUGACACUCAAACUGGUUGUGUAAAUGUUGCUAGACUUUAUGUGUUGUACAACUAAACAUUGCUGUUUG